CCUUGAGACGCCGUCAGACUGUGUCAAGUGUGUGUGUGAGUAGACAGUGUGCGGCUGUACCACCGUCAGUGAGCUGACAGGGUUGAAUCUGGGCCGCGGAACCGGAGCUCAGCCGACCCCUGUGUGGAAUAACUGCAUACUGAAGGCACUUUCCACCGCAGACUCUGGCGCUGUGUCUCUGCCCGACUGACGGCAGUGGAUGGGAACCUGCUAACACAGCUGGCGACUAGUAUGCAGCUGCUGAUCUGUGUGUCUGUUUGACCGAGGGCGAGCUGAGCUACAAGCACACAGCUGACCGGAUGAAGUGCGGCAUCGGCUGCAGGCACUGACGCAAAAUGUGGCUUCUUCAUGCAGGGUUGAGCAGAGGUAGAGGGAUGGCGCUGUCCUUUCUUCUCUUCUUCUCCGCCAUGUUGCCCUUACUCAGCGUGUCUGCGUAUAAUACAUCUGCUGGUUGUGCAAUCAUCCGUCCUCCAAGAGAUGGAGGGAUAAGGUACAGAGGUCUGACACAGGAGCAGAUUCGCAGUGUGCAGGUGCUCCCGGUAGACUAUGAGAUAGAGUACAUCUGCAGAGGCAACAGGGUGAUUGUGGGACCUAAGGUCAGAAAAUGUUUGCCCAAUGGCACUUGGACCGAUCUGAGCCAGCGCAGCAGAUGCUUGUUGCUGUGUCCUCGGGUGUGGACAUCUUUGGAAAAUGGCCGGGUGGUGUCUUGGCCCCUGGGGCCCCCGGUGGAGGGGACUGUGCUGCAUUACAGCUGUCUGCCCAGCUUCAUCCUCAUGGGCCGAAACUCAACACAGUGCAAUAAGUUGGGCAAGUGGGACGUGCCCAAGCCUGUGUGUCACUAUGAUCGGCACUACAAAGGCAAGAAGAAGCUUUACAUCGGAGCCCUGUUCCCCAUGAGCGGAGGCUGGCCCGGCGGACAAGCCUGCCUCCCCGCCGCUCAGAUGGCCAUGGACCUGGUGAAUAACAGGACCGACAUACUGCCGGACUACGAGCUGGAGCUGAUACACUACGACAGCAUGUGUGAUCCAGGGGAGGCCACCAAGCUGCUGUAUGACCUCCUGUACACGGAGCCGAUUAAAAUUGUGCUGAUGCCAGGCUGCAGCUCUGUGUCCACGCUGGUGGCCGAGGCUGCUCGCAUGUGGAACCUCAUAGUGCUGUCGUAUGGCUCCAGCUCACCGGCUCUGUCCAACCGCCAGCGCUUUCCCACUUUCUUCCGCACUCAUCCUUCUGCCACGCUGCAUAACCCCACUCGAGUACAGCUCUUCCAGAAGUGGAAAUGGACCAAGAUUGCCACCAUUCAGCAAACAACAGAAGUUUUUACAUCAACUCUGGAUGAUCUGGAGGACAGGGUGGCGGAGGCAGGCAUUGAGAUCAGCGUUCGUCAGAGCUUCCUCACCGACCCCGCUGUGGCUGUCAAAAAUCUCAAGCGCCAAGAUGCCAGAAUUAUUGUUGGUCUGUUCUAUGAGACGGAGGCCAGGAAGGUGUUCUGUGAGGUGUACAAGGAGAAGCUGUAUGGGAAAAAGUAUGUCUGGUUCCUCAUUGGCUGGUACGCUGACAACUGGUUUAAGAUCAAUGACCCAUCCAUCAACUGUACUGUGGAGCAGAUGACGGAGGCUGUGGAGGGUCAUGUGACCACUGAGAUUGUCAUGCUCAACCCAGAGACGGUGCGAGGAGCCUCUAACCUGACCUCUCAGGAGUUUCUAGCCCAGCUGAUGUCUAAACUUGGGGGUAAAAAUCCAGAGGAGACAGGCGGUUUCCAGGAGGCCCCACUGGCCUACGACGCUGUGUGGGCUCUAGCCUUGGCCCUCAACAAGACUGUGGGGCCCUUAAAAGCCAAGGGUCACCGACUCGAAGAUUUCAACUACAACAACCGAGCUAUCACUGCUGAGAUCUACCGAGCCAUGAACACCAGCUCCUUUGAAGGAGUCUCAGGUCAUGUUGUAUUUGACGCUCAAGGUUCUCGAAUGGCCUGGACUCUUAUUGAACAGCUUCAAGGAGGGAGCUAUAAGAAGAUUGGAUACUACGACAGCACUAAAGGCAAUCUGUCCUGGUAUGGGAAUGACAAGUGGAUAGGCUCAGGACCCCCAGCAGACCAGACAGUAGUUAUCGAGGAAUUUCGCUACCUUUCCCAAAAGCUCUUUGUGUCUGUGUCUGUCUUUGCUGGGUUGGGAAUCCUGCUGGGAAUCGUCUGCCUCACCUUCAACAUCUACAACAGCAAUGUCAGGUACAUUCAGAACUCUCAGCCCUACCUUAACAACAUGACCGCAGUGGGCUGCAUGAUGGCCCUGGCUGCUGUCUUCCCUCUGGGAAUCGACGGCCUUCAUGUCCACAGGAGGCAGUUCCCCGUUGUCUGCCAGUUUCGCCUGUGGCUGCUUGGCCUGGGUUUCAGCCUCGCCUACGGCAGUAUGUUCACCAAGAUCUGGUGGGUCCACACCGUCUUCACCAAGAAGGAUGACAAGAAGGAUAAGAGAAAGCAGCACCUGGAACCAUGGAAACUCUAUGCUACUGUCGGUGUUCUGCUCAGCAUCGACAUCCUGUCUCUCAUGAUCUGGCAGCUUGUAGAUCCUUUACAUAUCACAGUGGAGAAAUUCACCAGAGAAGCCCCCAAAGGAGACCUGGAUGUUUUGAUUCAGCCUUUACUGGAACAUUGCAGCUCAGAAAAGAUGAACACCUGGCUAGGUGUGGUGUACGGUUAUAAAGGCCUACUGCUGCUUCUCGGCAUCUUCCUGGCCUAUGAAACCAAGUCCAUCUCUACGGAGAAGAUCAAUGACCAUCGAGCUGUGGGCAUGGCAAUCUAUAAUGUUGCUGUGCUGUGUAUGAUCACAGCUCCCGUUACCAUGAUCCUGUCCUCCCAGCAGGAUGCCUCCUUCGCCUUUGCCUCCUUGGCCAUCGUGUUCUCUGUCUACAUUACCCUGGUGGUUCUGUUCGUCCCCAAGAUGCGGCGUCUGAUCACGCGGGGUGAAUGGCAGUCAGAUGCCCAGGAGACCAUGAAGACCGGCUCGUCCACCAACAACAACGACGAGGAAAAGUCGAGACAGCUGGAGAGAGAGAACAAGGAGCUACAGAAGAUCAUCCAGGAGAAAGAAGAGCGUGUGUCAGAGCUGAGAAACCAGCUGUCUGAGCGACAGGCCCUGCGAUCAAGGAGAAGAGCGUCCACUGUCACCAAUCAGAACCACAGCUCUCCCCCCCUCACCAUCCCCCAGAGUGAUCCCAGGUCCUUGGCCCAUCCUCCGGGGUACCCCGCGCCCACCUCCGACCCCCAUCCCAUCUCUCCAUCCUUCGCCAACUCUUCCAGCCUCUACCAACCGGACAGCAAGAUCAGCCGAAAUAACUGCCACACCAGCCGGCUGCAGCUGCUGUACAAGUAAUAAGUGGUGAACAUCGACAGGACGUGGACAGUAGUGACGUUCAUAGCUACAUACUGUAGAGACAGAGAAGUAUAAACACGAGUUGAAUUAUAAAUAAGUAUCUGUUGGAGGAGCUGACUCCACCAAUCAGCAGAGGCUAGAGGAUAACCAAUGGAAAGGUUUACAUCAAAGAAAUCUUCAGUGAGGAUUUACAUUUCCACUUGUUUCGCUCUCCGGGGUGAUCAAAACGUUACUUUUCUUUCCUCUCAGAGAAAAGAAAAAAGAUGUACAUACAUCUUGUUAUAGAAUUUUGCAUCUGUGAUCCACCAGUGACUUAUCAUGUGCCAUCUUGAGUUUGAGAAAAAGUCGCUCAGAACUGACUGUUUGCUAAGCCCUGGUCCCCACAGCUACAGUUGCUGACCUGACGAGCUUUCCAUUGUAAACUGCAUUAUGUGCAGUGUAGUUUACAAUGGUUAGAUUUACCUUCGAAAUCCAUGGUAAUGUAUGAAACAAAAAGUUGUUGCCUUUAGACAAAACAAGACAAAAGUAGCUUCUCAUUUUUGGCAAGUGUUGAUUUUGUUGGCUAAAACCACAACUACUGGCAGAUUUCAAUCGAUUUAUUUUCUAAUUAUGAUCAUAGUGCGGUACGAUGAAGAAAAUGAAACAUAGAUAUAGCCUAUAUCUCAGCAUUUCAGUCAUUCUGUGAAAAAAAUGUUAAUGAAAUUGUGAUUUUUAAAGUUAAUAUUAUUAUUCAAGAUCUAAACUUAGAAGAGCUGAACACAAGCUAUUUUAUAUUCACAGAGCCUUCACUGUCGGAUAAACAGUCUUGCCCUGCAUUAGAAAAUUUCAAACAACAAAAGAGCUGAUAGAACAAUGAGAAGAAUUUGUCAAAAAAUAAGCUUAUUAUGUAUGUAUGAUGGUUAAAACAUUCUAUUAAAAAAAACACAAUUUGUGUUGCUUUAGUCAAUAUCAGAGCCAAGAAAGAUAGUUGAUUGUAUAUCUAUCGAUCAAGCCCGAUGAAAUUAAUUAAAUGAAAUUACAAACAUGUCUUAAGGACAUAAAAUCCUGGAUGAGCUGAAAUUUUCUGAUGUUAAACUCAGAAAAAAAUUAAAUCCUUGUACUUGGCCCCAAAAACCUUAGAGACUCACUGUCUAAAGAUAUAGCUACUCUAGAUGGUAUUACCUUGGCCUCUAGCACCACUGUCAGGAAUCUUGGAGUUAUCUUUGAUCAGGACAUGUCAUUUAAUUCCCAUAUAAAGCAAACCUCUAGGACUGCCUUCUUUCAUUUACGUAAUAUUACAAAAAUUAGACACAUCCUGUCACAGACGGAUGCAGAAAAACUAAUCCAUGCAUUUGUUACUUCUAGGCUGGAUUACUGCAAAUCUUUAUUAUCAGGCUGCACCAAUAAGUCCAUUAAAACGCUCCAAUUAAUUCAGAACGCUGCAGCACGAGUACUGACAGGAACUAGAAAAAGAGAUCACAUCUCUCCUGUAUUAGAGUCUCUGCACUUACUCCCUGUAAAAUUUAGAAUAAAAUUUAAAAUCCUCCUCCUCACCUAUAAAGCUCUUCAUGGUCAGGCCCCUUCAUAUCUUAAAGAGCUCAUAGUACCCUAUUACCCCUCUAGAACACUACGUUCUCUGAAUGCAGGGCUACUUGUGGUUCCUAUAGUCUCUAAAAGUAGAACAGGAGCCAGAGCCUUCAGUUACCAAGCUCCUCUCCUGUGGAACCAGCUUCCAGUUGUGGUUCGGGAGGCAGACACCCUCACCACAUUUAAGAGUAGGCUUAAGACGUUCCUCUUUGAUAAAGCUUAUAGUUAGGGCUGGAUCAGGUGAGUCCUGAACCAUCCCUUAGUUAUGCUGCUAUAGGCAUAGACUAUCGGGGGAUUUCCCAUGGUGCACUGAGCUCCUCUCUUCCUCUCUCUCUCUUUCUGCACUCAUUCAUGUCCCAUUAACGCAUGUUCCUAACUUUACUUCUUCCCUGGAGUUCUUGUGCUUUCUUGUCUCGCAGGUUCCCAUGGAUCCUGGUGGAGCCUCCUGCCAUGGUCCUGCUUGACUGCCAUUGCUAAUAUCACUGAUAUUAUUAGGGACUGAGCCAGCGACCGCUGGAGGUCCCUAUUGUAUUUGCUAGAAUUCUUACCCUAUUAUUAUUUUCAGCGCCUUUGACUGCAUUUUUGACCCCUGAACAUAUACAAAAACUAAAUUUUUAGGGACUGAGCCAGCGACUGCUGGAGAUCCCUAUUGUAUUUGCUAUGUUUCUUAUUAUUUUUAGCGCCUUUGCCCCCUUAACAUAUACGAAAACUCAAUUUUAUUUGGCAAGUUGUCAGGCCUGGUGAAAAAUGUUAUAUUCUAUGCGUCGCUUUCAGGUCCGUCACUAGGUGGCACUACUAUCAUGAAAAGUGUGUUUAGGCUAAUAACUCCCGCAUCGUUUGUCACACAUUCAAAAACCUUGUAUCCACGCAUUUGGUGAAUGGAACUGAAUCUUCCCAUAUAGGCCACGCCCACUUCCGCCUAUAAUUUUUCUUCGCUAGUCUUCUUCUAAUGUCCAUAAACUACUUUUUCGUGUUCCUCCUAUGCACUUUGUCCGAUUCGCACAACAUUUUUCACGUAGCAUCUGGGGCACCGUCCUAAUAAAAAAGUAAUUCAAAGUAUUUUGAUAUUUCAAAAAAUAAGCACGUUAUAAAAUUAGCACUUCCUGUAAAUUUUUCGUCAAAAAAGGAAGAGGGCCAUUUCUCCACAUUGGUAUGUCCAAUUGACACCAAGCUUGGGCCCAUAGUUCCCCAUGUCUUCUUUAGGCAUCAUGCACAAUUUCAGGUCAUCGGCACUCUGUGGCGCUCUUUAAAAUGAAGAAGUUUAUAUCUGUGCAACGGCACGUGUGAUUAAAAUUAAACUAGGUACGAUGCUUGCCCAUGGCUUCCUGAGGCUCCCUUAAAAAUAUGUCAACAAUCCGCCACUAGGUGGUGCUCUGGUGGCAGUGUACAUCACUGUGCGGAGAUCGUAAUAGUUAUGAAUAUGAAAUUCAGAGGGCACAUGUAGACUGGUGCCUGUAGCUCACCUACCAAAAAUCAUGUUUGUCGUAUUUGUAACGCCCCCUACAGGAUAAGAAAAAAGUAGCCCCGGCGCCACGUUUCACCGAUAUGUAUGAAACUCGGUAGGCACGUGUAACAUGUCGAGACGUACAAAAAAGCCUCUUGGACCCAUACCCCAAACCCCACGGGAAGUCGGCCAUUUUGAUUUAGAUUUUCACUUUCGGCGAACUUUUCGCGUUGUAUUUGAACAAACUUCUCCUAGGGAAUUUAUUGGAUCUGCUUCAAAAUUUGUCAGUACUGUCAAAAAAUGGUGCUGAUUAAAGGUUGCACUAUUUACUACAUUCCGUCAAACGGCGUGUCCGUGGCAUGGCAUCAAAGUCAGCCAUUUUGAAUUCUGUGCUCAUUUUCUGUGAUUUUUCGUCUUGUAUUUGAACGAACUCCUCCUAGGGAAUUUAUCGGAUCAACUUCAAAUUUAAUCAGCGCAAUCUAAAGACAUUCAUAAUUAAAAGUUGUGCUAUUUACGACAUUCCGUCAAACAGCGUGCCCAUGGCGUUGCGUUGAAUUUCGACCAUUCACCAUGAACAGAUUGUACACUGAAGUUGAGUACUAUGUCCAAUCUCGACUAAACUUCACAUAUUCUGUAACAGUCCUAGCUUGAACACAUCCUCACAGCUUCAGUGUACAUUAUCUGAUCUCAACGAAACUUCGCGUUUGAUAAGAGUCCCGCCCUGAACACGUCUACAUGACAGUAUUCAGACAUAGUGAUAGUGCCACCUACUGGCAACAGGAAGUAAUCGUGCUGGCGAUUUUGAGCUGAUUUACAUGAGAUUUUCAUGUUGUGGUCCGCACGUGUUACGGCGGCACGUGACGCGGCCGCAGCACCCCCCGAGUUGCGUGGAGUGCGAGGUCUCGACCAAUGCUGCUUGCAGCUUUAAUUAUUAAUAAUAAUUCUAUUAUUAUUAAUAUUAUUAUUACUACAGUUACUAUUAUUACUAUUGUCACUGCUCAUUGUCCCCCACCGUUGCUGUUGUCCUCGUCAUCAUCUUCAUGUUCAUCAUCAUCAGUCACUACUAUUAGUGUAGUUGUUGCUACUGUUGUUGCUGUGCACCUGUCUGUCUGUCUGUCUCUCUCUCUGUCUCUGUCUCUCUCUCUCUCUCUCUCUCUCUCUCUCACACUCUCUCUCUCUCUCACCCCAACUGGUCGAGGCAGACGACCACCCACCUAGAGUCGAAGGGUCUGUCCUAAGUUUCUGCCUCUUAAAAGGCAGUUUUUCCUUGCCCCCGUCGCCAAGUGCUUGCUCAUGGUGGUACUGUUGGGUCUCUUUAAAUGUUAUAAGGAGUUCGGUCAAGACCUGCUCUAUUUGAAAAGUGUCCUGAGAUAAUUGAAUUGAGUUGAAAUGAAUUGAGUCUUGUUCCCAGGGCGUCAAAUACAGACGUUUUGGCACCCUGGGAAUAUGAUUCAACAAUCGGUCUUGAAGCUUCCAACCCAAAGCAUCUUUAUGUCUCUCUCAGCUGUGAUUGGUUGUUUGCAUCCACGCCCGGUGGAUUCUUGGAAAUGCCAUUAGGAGCACUAGCCAGAGGAACUUUAAAUGGAGAAGGGGCUUAGCAGAGUGUCAAUUGGAGACAAAGAGAAAUAUUAUGGCAAAGCAUUUAUCAUAUCUGUACCUUACAAUAUUGCCUCCUAAUGUGUUUAGAUAGUGCUAUGUACUGUAUUAAGAGGCUUGACAAAAGGAAAGACUUUUAUGAUAAACAAUGCCAGUGUUGGCAGUGGCAAAAUCACUUGUAUAAUUACAUAAUAAGAUUUGUAACUGUUCUUGUUAAAUGUUUGAUGGCGUUUUUUUUACAUCGUCUCUGUUCAAAGAGACUGCUGAGUCAUUGUACAUAGUUGUGUGUGUUCAUGCUAAACCCCUCACUGUGGAACUCAGUCCUUUAGAUUAAGGGUUUCAAAGAAAACUGAGCUGAGGACAGUGCUGUCAUCUGUCAGGUAUUCACUGUUUUGAGGGCUGUGACUGCCACACUCAAGAGCUGAAGGAAUUUAAAUGAGGUUAAAAGCAUCAAUCCAAAUACCUUUAUCUGUUUAAUGUUAGGCAGCAGCUGGGUGUUUAAUUUUCCUGUGGACAAGGCAGAUAAAUACCCAAACUGAAAUGCAAUGGGCAAGCUGUCAACUGACAGGCUUAAAUGUCAAACCAAACAAAGGUUAAUGCAGUCAGAGUUUGUUAGCAUGUAAUGUUUAACCUUUUUUAGUUCUUCUUGUUCUUCAGGAGCUUUUUUUUUGUUCUUCAGGAGCUGAACUAUUUUCAUGUCUGAAUGAAUAAAUAUCUCAGUGCUCAAAGGCUGUGGCUCAUGAGGUAGAGUUGUCCACUAAUCAGAAGGUUGGUGGUUCGAUGUCCAGCUCCCCAAAUUGCUCCUGAUGCUGUGCCAUUGGGGUGUUUCAUUUUGAAUCAAUGUGUGUGAAUGGUUGAAUGUGGCAUGUAAAGUGCUUUGAGUGGUCAGAAGACUAAAAAGGAAAGGCGCUUUAUAAGUUCAGUCCAUUUACCGGUUAGCAUGUUGCUGCAUGCUGGAGCGAACAAAGAAAAUACUGCAUUACAGACCAGUAUAAACUGAUAUCUGUGGCAGCAGGUGUGAAGAGUGCAUCUGAAUUUGAAAUUCAGAACUUAAAAUUAAUUUAAUGUAGUUUACCCUAUAUUUUAUACUUGUAUGGAACGUUUUGAUUAGGUUGGUUUAUUUCUUGAGCAGGAAGUACACCAUGCAUUUCAAAUGUAGUUCUUCAGUUUCCUCUGUCUGUGAUUGUAUUUUUAUGAACGAAAGGUAAAACAAAGCAGCACUGAUUCAAACAAACACAAACACAGUCACCUCAGUUUUGUCUUUACUUUAUCUAGGGAUGCACUGAUACCACUUUUUUGUAUAAGUUCUUACAUUUGGAUAGUUGCCGAAACAGUUUCCCGAUAUGUGUACUGAAUAAUACCAUUACAGCUCUGAAUUUGACUUUGAAAACAUGUUUUAUUUUCAUCAGAUGUUCCUCACUAUCUAACUGUAAAAAAUUUAAUGUAAUUCAAAACUGAUGACUUCCCCUCCACCUAACCGCAUACCUGAUACAGGUAUUGGUAUGUGUGCAUCCCUAAUUUUAGCUAGAGAUAAAUCUGGCACAUCUGUUAACUCAUUUGUUCAAUACACUACUACUACACACUACUAAAGCGAGUCAAUGGGAGUAUAGUCAGCUGGUGGAAAAGAGAUAAAGAUUUGAGUAUCAUUGACAUAAAUAUGAAAAUCAAUGUUGUUGUUAAUCAAAUCUGGCCUAACGGGAACCUGUUUAGAUUAAUUAGAAGGGGACCAUGUAUUGAUCCUCGUGGCACUCUGCAGAUCAUGCUGGCCUGCUUGGAAGUAAGAGCGCCAAUAUUUUUUCAACCCCAACCUUAUUUUUCAUUUUAUGUCAAAAUGACAGCAGCAAUCAUUGGGGGUAAUUACACACAUUGUUUGGGGGUGGCUUUUAUUUAAAUGUAUUUAUUUCAAAUUAAACACAUGGGAAAAUAAGGUCCAGGUUUUUACUUUAAAUAGUUAGAACCAUCAUGCUGCCUCCUGAUACAAGUUUGGUUUGUUUCAACACAUUUUCCCCACAGCCAUAAACACUCUUGAGACGAAAACCAAAAAGGCUGACAUUUGAGUUCCCCUGUGCAGGCAGCAUUUCACUACUUGUUCACGUGUUUACUCUUCUGCUUCUUUGGUCUCACUUCCAACUAAAGCUUUGUGUGGGGAUUUUGUAGACAAACAGGAAGUUUCAUACAGUUUCAAUGAAAAGGUUUCGAUAACAGAAAGUGAGAUUACAGCAUGUGUUUGACUUCUGUUUACCUUAUAAUAACUUACAUACUAAGAGAGAUAAUAACCAGGGGCUUUUUCUUUCUUAGUGUGUGUCUAUGAAUUUUAUUUUCCUGUGAAGUGGGUCUCACAGAUUUUACUGUUAACGCUGAUCAAAUCUUUGGUCACUUUGAGCUGUUGCUCGAUCAAAAAAACAAAUGGUGCUGGGAUGCAAAUCAGCAGCAGGAACCGGAGUAACUAAGCUGGUACACAGUUUCACUUCCCUAAUCGGGGUUGGCAUUGAUUGAAUUAGAAAAUUGGAAUUUAAAGUUAUGAUGCUAAAGAUAUUCAUGAAACCAGAUUCCAUUUUGAUAUUUAUUUAUGGUAGGCAUUUUCGAAAUGUGGCACUUUUAACUGUAUGUCAUCAUCUACUACUGUGAAUGGGGUUUAUUUUAAGGUCCAGUGUGUCAUAUAUAGGAGAGUCUAUUGGCAGAAAUGGAAUUUGAUAUUCAUAUGUAUGUUUUUAUUAGUGUAUAAUCACCUGAAUAUAAAAAUCCUGUUUUUGUUACUUUAAAUGAGCCAUUUUUACAGUUACCAUGGCUUGCCUUCCAUGGAACUGCCAUGUUUCUACAGUAGCCCAGAAUGGACAAACCUAACACUGGCUCUCAACAGGGACUUGAGAUCUGCAACUACACCGCAAAUCCUACACACUGGACCUUUUAGUUUUCAUAGAGGCUUUGAGUUAUGAUUUUGGUGGAACUUCUGUUUCCAAAGUCAAGAAUGAAUUUUCAUGCAGUGAGACUGCCAUUGGUAUUAGCAGCACAGGAUUAAUUGAAAGUGCCAUAUAAUAUUUGUUCCUCUGCACUGAUCAGAAUCAGACUUCAUUUUUCACUUACAAGGAAUUUGCCUUGGUACAUUGUUGCAUAAGAAUUACAAUCAAUAUACUAUAUCAAGUAUAAGAAUCAAUAUAGUUUCCUUGUGACAGCUUUCAAUUGAGGUUCCAGCUUUUAAAUAUCAUUUUUCAUUCCUUGUGUGAUAUACAUGCUGUCUUAAACUCUGAGUCGGUCUUGACUUCCAGUUUAGUCUCAUGCUCUCUCCUUGUUGUUUCAUUUGUGUGGGUGAUCUCACUUGUCGUAAGCACUCCUGAAUUGACUAACAACUACAGUAUGAGGUGCAGAUGUAUAAACCAUGAGAACAUUAUGUGACCAUUUGUAAAUAUCUACUGUAUGUUUGUCUGUAAUGUAUCUUAACUGUCCAGUCUGUAAAGCAGUAGAGCUAUAAGUGAUGUUGAUACACAUGAGAAUAUGUACACUGACUAUAAAUAAUGAUGAUGUUAAUAAUGAUGACAUGGACUUUGCAUAUACAAGCUGUAUUUCAUGUGAUACAGUAUUCAAAGUAUAUUUCUAUAUGCUGUAUUAUCUGAUGUUGGAGAUGCAAGAAUGAAAAUAAAAGUAGAUGUUUUUGUCAAA